AGUACCUAACUCCUAAGUCAGCAUGAAAUUUCGAGUGAAAUACAAAGAUGUGAGCAGAAAUGUAUCAGUGGAAGAAAGAGACGAGUCCAGUACGACACUGUGUCGUCUAGAAGCCGCUGUCUCAGAAGCAUUUUCUGGUAUAUUAAAGAGGUCGUUUUACUUGAGUUUGAAUAAGAAGGAUAGACUUGGGGAGGGGAACCAGACUUUGACAGAUUUAGGACUAGUAUCAGGGGAUCUCCUCCAUGUCGUCAGUGAUGAUCCAGAGGAAGUAAAAGAACAAAAGCAGCCCUCAAACCAGAGAUCAACCAAUAGACCCUUGGGACUGACAGACACACAGGUUCAGAGUACUUCAAGUUCCCACAGAAAUGAUCAUCCCUCUACGUCUAGACAGAGUGCAGUACAAAAUCAAAAUCCCUAUAAUCAGCCAUCUUGUUCAACAGAUGACUCUCAAAUGGAGGCCGAGAAUUUCCAAAGUGAGGCUGUUUUUCCAUUAGACCCUGUUGUUGUUAGCCAAUGUCUCAGUGAGCCAAGACUGUGUAGUGAAUGCAUACAAGGCAGUUUGCCUCCUUUGUUGAGUGAGCUGUAUUCAGACUUACAUUGUCAGAGUUGUGAGGAAGCCCUUUGUCUGGUUCUUCAUGUGUUAAUGUUAGAGGCUGGGUACCAACCAAUCUCAUCUACACUAAAUAGUAACCCUCGCACACAGAUCACUUCAGAUACUGGUUGCAACCCUCAGACACGAUUGGAGUCAGAUGUGUGUCCCACUGAUUCCUGGAGAGAGAGAGCACCAGCCUUCUACAAACUAGAGUACACACACCCCACAAGUGGUUCCACUGUCUAUACAGUAACUGCUGUACCCAUGGGUACCUCUCUUAUUGUUCAUGGUCAAGUUAAGAUAGAGGAAAAUAUAGAAAAAUGUCAGUGUCAACUCAAAACCAAGGAUUUUGUUCAAAACGUAACUCCAGAGCCUAACACAUGCUACCAGAAUCUACCAAAGCUGUCCAGAACAUUUAAGGAUUCUAUAUCCUUACCACUACUACAGAAGUAUAGAGAAGCUAUGAACUUGGUGCCUUUACAUGGACUUUUAGCACUGAGUAAUGAAUUAAAGCUGAAAAUCCUGGGCUGUUUGGACGUUGUCAGUUUGUUGAGAAUGUCUGAAGUUUGUAAGGAAUUUCGUAGCCUUAGUAAUGAUAAAUAUAUCUGGAGGAGGCUGUUUUUGUCCCAUUUUGGAAAUCGAGCACAUAAUGACUUAAACCAAAACUGGAAAGAGUUGUACAAGGCAGAGUAUCGAAACAGAAAACAGCAGAGAAAAUGGUGGAGUCAGAUGACAACAAUCGUCCCCCCUUUUAUACCGGCUGACCCCUACUCACAGAGGAUACCCCCACUGGCCCCAUUUAGUCCUGGAAUGAUUGGAGGGGACUAUGACCUCUACCCACAAUUCCAUGGUAUUCCAAAUCCUAUUUUUGGACGUCGUGGUGGACACGUGCCUGAAAUGAGGCCACGGUUUGACCCGUUUGGUCCAGGUCAGAAUUUUCCUCCUGGGCCUGGUGGAGGGUUUUAUGAUAGAGGCAGUGGUGGAUCCAGAUUUUCACGUGGAUCAAGGAGUGGAAUGGGCGGGUUUGGAGGAGGUCCAAAAUUCUUCUGAGCUUAAUUUAAAGCUUGAAGAACUGAAUAAGUGCAAAUACAUGUAUCUCAUUUGAUUGAUUUUAAAAUAUGGGAAUAGUUUUUCAUCAAAUUUUUCGGUAAAUAAUAACUUUAUAAUACACUCUGAUUCCCUUUAUGAUAGAGACCUCGUCUGAUGCCUUUUUUUAUGUUGUUUACCAUCCUUUUUAUGGAAAAUGAUAUUUACAGUGAUGAUGAAUUAAAUUUUGCAUUUAAGACUGCAAUGUUCAAACUAUUCUGCUGUUGGAUGAUCCCUUGUUAUUAACAACAGCAUUAAUGAAGUUGUUGCGAGAAUAUUAAAUGCUGUUCUUUGUAAAUGUUGAAAGGAUUUACAAUUAAAUUCAUGAAAAUUA